AUGACUGUUGCCGAGAGUAUUGUAAAAAAGAAGUUGAAGAUUAAAAUUUGUGCCUCCAAAAAAGCUGAAUCUGAGCCAGGGACAGAAUCAUGUGAAGUUGACCAGCGGGAUUUCAUGAAUGAUAAAUGUGGUCGCAUACUUUCUGUGAAUGUAAACAAUAACUCUGAGACGAAUAAAUCACAGAAGUUUAUAAUUGGUUCUUCUGAAGAUUCAAAAGUGAAUGUUGUUGAUAGCUUGCAGCUGAAAUUAACCAUGGGAUGCUCUAAUAAGCGUCGACCACCAGGAAUGGUAGACGAUCAAAUGAAUAAGAGGCAGAAAAUUGAUCGGAGGGUAAAGCAGCAGUGUAGUAGCAUUCUGAACACGUUGAUGAAUCAUCCUUAUGCGUGGGUUUUCAACAAACCAGUGGAUCCUGUGGCUCUCAAUAUUCCAGAUUAUUUCUCUAUAAUCUCUCAACCAAUGGAUUUGGGAACGAUUAAAACAAAAUUGGAGGGGACUGUGUACUUUAGUAUUGAUGAAUUUGGCGCUGAUGUUCGACUGACCUUUUCCAAUGCUAUGCUGUAUAACCCUCCUUCAAACAAUGUUCAUCACAUGGCAAAGGAAUUAGAUAAAAUCUUCAGUGGAAGAUGGAAAUUGCUAGAGACAAAAUGGAAUGGUGAGAGAAAAAGCAUUGAACAUUGCAUAUCAAGUGGAAGAGCAAAGAAUACCCUAGAUACAAGGCAGGCUUGCCAUAAAGGUUCUCCGACUCGUGUUAGCUUGAUCCCCAAGAGUUCAAUGUCACUUAAGAAAAAGCAAACACAGAGAAAGGAGUGUUUGGAAGCAUCGAAGGGUUCCUUUCUAGUUAAAGCUGCAAAGUUGGAGUCUGUGAAAUUGACAGAAAAAAUCAGGCGCCCAUUUAUUCAGAAGUUUGCCACUAAAGGGACAGAUAGUGGUCGCAGUGCUUGUAACUUUGCCUGUGCUGAACCACCAUUGAGCUCAGUCGCGUCCAAAUGUGGUUCGUGUGAUGGUGUGAUGUGCCUGUGCGACCCUCAAAAUUAUUCAUCCUUCAGUGAUGUGUCUUCAGAAAGGUCAAUGGGACAAGAUCGUGGGGAUCCUUUGAAAAUGGUAAAGAUCAUAAUAUACUUGAUUGUGAGAAUAAAAACAUGCCAACAUUACACAAGCGCAAAUCAGACGCAGGUUCUGAUGGUGAGGAUGCUUGUCAUGUAUGGUGCUGUAAGUGCUUUGGAUGAAGAAAUUAGUUGUUCUGGUCUUCAUUUUUCAACUUUUGCCACAAGUGCUGCUUCUGGACAAGUUAUUGAUGUUCAGCUGUCCCCAAAGAAGGCGUUACGUGCUGCAAUGUUAAAGAGCCGCUUCGCAGACACUAUCUUGAAAGCAAAACACAGGACAUUAUUGGAUCAUGUAAUCCUUCAUUUAUUUUUUGAUGUAACACUGGCAUGCAAAUUUACUAUGUUCUUAUCUUUCUUAUUAGAAGGCGAUAAAGCUGACUCGCUAAAAUUGCAGCAAGAAAAGGAAAAACUGAAAAGGCAACAGUGCAAAGAGAAGGCUAGAAUUGAAGCCCAAAUUAGAGCUGCUGAAGCAGCCUCACGAUUGAAGGUGGAGGCGGAAUUGAAAAUGCAACGCUACAGAGAAAGAGAAGCUGCCCGAGUUGCAUUGCAGAAGAUGGAAAAGACCGUCGAGAUCUAUGAAAAUUUAGACAUAUUAAAAGAUCUCGAGAUGUUAAGCCAGUGUUCGUUGUCUAGUCAUUGCCUUGACGGUGAAGAAGAUGGGUGGUCUGGAAUCGUAUUGGGAGCAGCCAAGGGGGGUCGCUCUGCGAAUGCUUUGGAACGACUUGGUUUGUAUAUAAAGGAUGAUCAUCUAGUAUAUGAGGACUAUGAGACGAUUUUGAAGGGAGAUGGAGAAGAAGGGGAGAUUUUAUCGUAG